AUGCAUCUGAACGAUGGCUGGCGCAUCAACGGUUUCCCGAGUACGCCGUUCAAUAACGCUGUCACAACGUACAUCCCGCAACUGCAUCGCUUGACCAUUCGAUUUUGCCGCAAAAAUGAGUGCAGCGCCGGCGUGAGGGAUUUCAUCGCCCAAGGCCUGUUGGCACGCUUCGCCGCCCAAAAUCCAUCAGUGGUCGUGUACGUGCAGCCGAUCAGGUAA